GAAGCUUGCGCCGUGACCGCUCUAUAUGUUCUGGGUCUUCGAAGAUCGAUAUACAGACCAGCUAUGGUGUCAAAAUCGAGCCAUUUGAUCAAAGCAAUGUAUAUAUAGACUCACUCUCAGAACCCUUCGAGGACCGGCAUUCACUGAGAUUUGAAUUCAAGACCACUUCCGGUAACGGCACGUUGUUUUAUGCAGUCAGGCGAAACGACCUUCAAGACAUGAUUUCCGGUAGUCUGCAUGAAGGUUACCCACAGUUCAAGAUCAGAUGCAUGAGUUCUUUCGCUGACUUUACGAUUCCAGUUCGAGUUGAUGACGGAGAAUGGCAUAGGGUGCGAUUCAUCAGACGGCACGGAAAAGGUAUAUUUCUCGUAGAUGAAUUAGAGUACUUCGACCAGUAUUACGUCAGUUGCGGAGGCUUUACGUCAAUCAAUUUUGGCAACAGAAAUCCGGCGCACCAUCAAUCUAAAAGUGUAAAAGAAUUACAGGACAAGGACGGACAGAUGGAUGGUUGUAUACGGAGGUUUCACAUCAGUACGGGAAUAGACGCCCAUCCACACUACACUACUGUGUCCGAGUGCAACUGAAGAGGGAAUCUUAGCCGCGUGGUCGUUGUUGCUAUUCUGUUCUCCGUUGGGAUCUAGGUAUAAAUUUAAACCGAAAGAAACUCUUGACAGUUCCGGCGGUUACCAGUAGUUAUCCGUUGCCAUGGUGUUUUACAGCAUGUUCGGCAUUGCUUACUAGAUUCAAAACAAAAUAUAUAUUUGAUUAGCAAAUCGUUGACUGUGUAAGACUUUCAACAGAUGAAGCAAAUGUCACAGUACUGUUUCUUUAAAAAAUACUUUUAUUACUCAAUGUUUAUGUUGUUGCAAAUGUGCAGUGAACAUUUUAUCCGUCCAAAUAUUGUUUACGUAACAUGUACAUUUAAAAACGGUGAAAUAUAAUUGAAAUCAGCCCUAAAUAACGCUAAUUUAAGCAAUCUGAUUAAAAUCCUUAAUAACGCUACACAUUAUCGGAACUUUAGUCAGGUUGAAACACUGUGCCACUUACCAUUCAUCAAAUAAUAUGACUCAUAAUCGUGAAAUUCUUUACAUACAAAGUUCUGUAUAUGAAUUAUUUCAUGCUCAGAAAAAACUUCUUCUAUUCGCACCAUAAACAUUCGCAACUUUUUUAGUUAUGAACAAGGGCAUUGUCGUACAGCUUAUGAGGGACGUUUAUUUAUAUAGCAUACAUAGUUACAAAUUCAAGUACAACUUUAAAGUGAAACAAUUUGGUUUAUAAUGUGCAAUAGGUUAUAUUUUAUGAGUGUUUUUAUUCUCUUUUUUUCAAACAUUGCAUCAUUUGUAAACA